AUGCGGGACCUUCCCGUCGGGCGAGGUGCGUCGGACGGUAACCGAGACCGUUUCCCCGUCGACCGCAAACGGGACCACCGCCAGUCGGGUUCUCGGUCGUUCGGUGCUCGAAAGACUCGACCGGGAUCGAAGGGAUUCGACGGCGCGUGGGGUCGCCGGGUGUGGCGUUCGGUUGUCUGCCUCGUGCGGCCUCGCUCCGUUUCUCUGGGUUCCGUGAGUCGGGUGCGGAGGCGAAGGGAAUCGGCCCGGUUGGAGCAGGCGGCGCGAGCCCAUACCCGGGCUUGCUCGGGUUGCGAGUUGCGUGUGCGGAUUGCGACCGGAUUCCUGGAUGAUUGCGGCGAGGGGAUGGACUCGUCGCUGUUCGCCCGGUUACACGGGUACCGGCCCGAGGACACGGCCUACCUCGGCCUCCAGUACCGGAUGAACUCGGCGAUCCUGGAUCUUGCCAACGGGGUCACCUACGACGGCACGCUUCGGUGCGGGGAUCCUGCGGUCGCGGGGUCCACCAUCUCCGUCCGGCGAGAGGUUCGUGUUCAGUUUUGUGUCCUUUGUGUGGAUUCGGCGCUGUCGGGACAGCCCGGGUGGCUGCAGGAGGCGCUGAGUCCCGCACUCAGAGAUUCCGUCAAGUUCCUGGACACGGCGGGGGUCGACAAGGGGUCGGAAGGGAGAGGGAAGAACCGGAGCCAGGUGGAGUGCGACCUUGCCCUGAGACUCGUUCGUGCUCUCCACGAGAGUCAAGUGGUGGUGGCUUCUUUGAGGUUGAUGCUUCAGCAGACCAAAGGAGUGAUGGUCUGA